AUGAAUUCUUGUUCAGAACAUUCUGAUAAGAAACACGAUUCAUUACCUCAUAAUCAUGUGCUGAGUCAAUGUCGAUCAGUAGCCCUAUCAAUGAAGAAAUGUGGCGUCCACACUAUAUCUCAUAUGUCUGCCGCUGGGUUUCAAUAUACAAGGGAUAAAGAUACAGCUCGUUGUAAGGAUUGCCGACUUCAAAUAUCCAACUGGACAUUGAAUAUGAACCCGUUUACUAUUCAUUCUCAACGUAGGCCUGAUUGCCCAUUCGUUCGUUCUAUACUAACAUCUUCAUUAUCGAAUCCAUCUAAAUCUACUGCUUCUACUGUAAAAACAUCGACAUCCAAAAAAGCAGAAAAUCAAUCUAAAUAUCGAAUGAUUGGCACAGGAGCUACAAAGCCUAUUUCUCAUACUUUAACCGAAGCUGAUUCACUUCAACAAGUGCGAAGGCGUACGUUUUCUCAUUGGUCACAUCGUACUAUGCCAUCCAGUGCACAAAUGAUCCAAGCUGGCUUUUUUAAUUGCAACAUUGGUGAUCGAGUAAUAUGCAUUUAUUGUAAUCUUAUUUGUCAACAAUGGGCACCCCAUGCAGAUGAUCCAUGUGAUGUACAUAAAACACUUUCACCUAAUUGUCCAUAUGUUAAAUCAAAAUUAAUGCGUCCUGCAAAUUCACCGAUCAAUGUUGGCGAUGAAAGUUCAACACAAUUAAAUAAUAAUAUCUCCAGAGUUCCCUGUAAUCCGACUUAUUCCAAAAUACGAAAACGUCAUGCGUCCUAUGCGACAUGGCCAAGUGUGGACUUUCCACGAGUAUGUGCUUUAGUUAGAGCAGGAUUUUUUUAUACGGGUACAAGAACGAUUAUUACUUGUUUUUAUUGCAAUGGAUCUUUGCAAGACUGUGGUCCGAAUGAUAAUCCAUCGAUUGAGCAUGCUCGCUGGUUUCCACAGUGUACAUAUGCUAGACAAUUAUGCGGUGAAGCACUAUAUCAUCAGGUGCAAGAACCUAGACUAGCACAAUAUGAAAGUUCAAGCGGUAAUGAGGCAAGCGGAACCAUAGACCCUAGUGCUAUAUUAAACAAUAAUUUAGUAACACAUACUCAGCAAUCAUUAAUAUCAGACGAAAGUAUUAUGUCGACACUAGUUGCCGAUCGAUUAGAUUUACCAAUUUCAAAACGGUUAUUAGAUCAAAAUUUUAAAUUACCUAUAAUUAAACGAUGCUGGGAAGAUCAAUUACGACUAAAACAUGAUGAUUUUGUAUCUGAAAGUGAUUUGUACAUGGCUUGCUUAAUUCUCCAGAAACAAAUCGAACAUAUCAACGGUAUAACAGAGAAUAUUGUGAUACCAAGCAUAAAAAUGAAACAAAUUCGGGAACAAAUUAACGUUCAUAUGCACGAACAAACAGCGCCAGUACCUAAUCCAGCACAAAUUACAGUUACUGAAAUGACAACAUCAUCAGAAUCAUCAACAAAUGAAUCAGUAUCUUCCGAACCUUCUGUUGAAUCCAUAUCGAAAUCGGCAGCGAGUAGUACGAAAAUCGAAACAAAAACAACAGAACAAACAGCUAUUAUCGAAGAUCGAAACCAAUCAACACCAUCUAAUCCGUGUAUGCUAUGUCUGACAGAAGAAAAACGAUUAGCAUGUAUACCUUGUGGACACAUGGCCGCGUGUGUUGCAUGUGGCCAUUCAUUAAGAUCAUGCCCAAUAUGUCAACAAAAAAUCGAGGCAUUCAUUAGAAUUUACGUUUAA